UACGUGAGAUGUAAAACUAACUUAACCUUAAAAUAUUUAUUUUUUUAAUAUUGCGGUAGUUGUGCAGAAAAUUAACAUACUAAUUUUAAUAAAAUCUUAACUACAUACAUAUUUAGUGUUUAGAAUAAGAAUAUAAUUAUAAAAAUCUUUGACUGAUAUUUCAAAAAACAUAAUAAACUAAUCACAUCUUUAAGAUUUUAAACAUGUACAACAGGGAAUAAUAUACAUAAUACCAAUGGCUAUGCGAAAAAGAAGUGGUUCUGGUGCCAAACGUCAGCACAAAUGUAAAUUAGUACCUAUCUAUGAAAGUUUUUUUAAAGGUGAAGACUUAACACUAGCUCAUCCAAAUUUCUGGAAUGAGCUAUUCCUCAUUAAACCUAUGGUUCCUCAUAUUGAGAGUGAGAUUUUACAUAUGACAUCAGAACAACUAAAUGCUAGUAAAGAAAACUUGAAUGCACUAGUAUGUCACUGCGUUGACACAUUAGUUGACGAACAUCCAUUUAGAAUAGUAUAUGCCCUGCAAACAUUAGCAGCAGUUAUUCAAUCUAUGUACAAGAAAGCUAAUCAGGGAGAUUAUGGAUUUAAUUUAAUAGAUAUUUUAGUAGGAUUUGAUUCUGCAGAACAAAGAAUGACAACAUUAAUGCAGCAUUGUAAUAAUUUUCUAACAGGUGAAUAUCCAGAUAGUUUAAAAGCUUUGUGCCUGAAAUUAUUGUUAAUAAUAGUUACUGGUAUGGACAAUGUCAGCCAAAAUACUUUAUUAGAAUAUGUAAUGCUAAACAGUGUCUUCGAGUCUCUGAUCCAAUUGUUGAGAGAUACAGCUGCUAGAAAUCGCCAUGGCCAUGAUGCAGUUUUGUUAUUAACGCUUCUAGUCAACUACAGGAAAUACGAAAGCGCAAAUCCUUAUAUUGUUAAAUUAUCAAUUUUGGAUGAUGAAUUGGCUCUUAAUGGAUAUGGACAGGCAAUAUCAAGCUCGUUGACGGAAUUUUGUCGACAAUUCGCUCAACAGAGGGCAGAAAUACAAGCAUCUUGGUUGUCCUCGCUAACUAGUAUAGUUGGUAGCAUGUUCGUUGGCGAGGAGGAAGCAAAAACGCAACAAGUUCGCGCGAAUAACGCUUUGCUUUUAGCUCUGUACGAGGCUACACACUUGAAUCGUAAUUUUGUUACUACACUGGCCUAUACACAAAGUGAUACCAGCGCGCCUCCAUCGCCAAAUAAUACCUUGGGCCCAAACGCGGUGGCUCCUGGUGCUCCACCGCCCGAUGUAAUGGCUCAGCCGUUCAAUUUACUGGCGACCUUCUUACAAUAUUGUUCAAUAGUUAUGCAAGUUAUCAGAACAGAAGCCAUAAUGAACAACGUGAAGUUGUGUUUUCUGAUAUUAAGCUGUAUUGCAGAGGACCAAUACGCGAACAGCUUGAUGCAUGAUGCGAACCUGGCAUUCAGGGUUCAAUUACACAGAGUGCCCAUGCAUCACAGAAAAUUGCAAGACAAAGCAGCACCUGCGCAACCACUUGCAGCGACAUUACUUGAUCUAUUGGUCGAAUUCGUAACGUCGCAUAUGAUGAAGAAGUUUCCACUCGAGUUGUAUCAUCAAUGCAUCGGCGUUCUUCAAAGACUGUUGUGCUAUCAGAAAAGAUGCCGCGUCAGACUUGGCUAUCAAUGGCGAGAUCUUUGGACGGCGUUGAUCAAUCUUCUGAAAUUUUUAACGACACACGAGAGCCACCUCAUUAAGAAAAUGAAUAUAUUCCCUUUAGCUAUUCAGGUAGUAAACAUUUUAAAUUUAUUCAUCACGUAUGGUGAUACAUUCCUAUCAUCGCCUAGCAGUUACGACGAACUGUUUUAUGAGAUUAUUCGUAUGAGGCUUAUCUUCACUAAUUUGAACGCUAUGGCACUUAGAUAUUCAACUAGCGAAUCGUACGAGCACAAGGAACACGCGCUUAAGUUAACAAAUUCUCUCGUAAACGUGAGGGAUAUUGUUAAUCAUUUCCCACCAAAGAUAACGGCAUGGCUGACAAAAGAAAGCUUGUCGACGCCGACAGAACAACAAAUUCUGUCAAUUAUAAUACAGAAUUAUGACAGUCUUACCUUAAAGCUGCAAGAUAAUCUGGACCAGUACGAGAGAUACUCGGAAAAGCCUAAUCAUACUGCGUUCUUCGAGGAAAUGGUAAGUGGGGUAGUGGUGGAUACCAGAACAUCGAUAGAUCUUAACACCUUGGAUACGCAAGCUAUACUGGAAGAGCUUUCAAAUAUCUCGUAACAGUACGUGCAUUGCAAUGUAUCUUUAACAAUGUGGCUGUUGAAUUGUUUUAAUGUAUCCUUUUCUCUCUCACAUAAACAGCCUGGUUCUUUCAUGUAAAUUACUUAUAAGGUGAAGACAUGUUAUUAGGUGUAAUACUUCAAGGUUGCUUAUUUUUUCUUUAAACUAUUUUAUUUCUACGAAUUGUAUACAUGAUUCUACGCGAAGAUACUAUUAAAUUGUAAUAAAUGCAAUAAAUGGAUUUAAUAAAUUCCAAUAUUUAUAUGGGCAGCAUA